UGUUCAUGCAAGGAACCUCCCUCUUGCCAACAACCUAAUUCUGUCGGCAGUCACUUUGCAACAACCUAGCUUCCUCCUCCCAGCAUCAUGCGCCUCAUCAUCGAGAACAACGCCGCCGACGUCGCCGCGUGGGUCGCCCGCUACGUCCGUCAACGCAUCAAUGACUUCAAGCCGUCCGCUGAACGUCCGUUCGUCCUCGGCUUGCCCACGGGCGGGACCCCCUUGAAGACGUACAAGAUCUUGGUCGAUUUCUACAAGCAAGGGACCCUCAGCUUUGAGCAUGUGGUCACAUUCAACAUGGAUGAGUACGUGAACCUGCCCAAGGAACACCCGGAGAGCUACCACUCGUUCAUGCACAACAACUUGUUCCAGUUCAUCGACAUCAAGGCAGAAAACGUCAACAUCCUCAACGGCAACGCCGCCGACCUGGAACAAGAAUGCCGCGACUACGAAGCCAAGAUCGCCAAGGUCGGUGGCAUCGAGCUGUUCUUGGGCGGCAUCGGCCCCGACGGCCACAUCGCGUUCAACGAACCCAGCUCGUCCCUCGUGUCCCGCACGCGCAUCAAGACGUUGGCGUACGACACGAUCGUCGCCAACUCGCGAUUCUUCGGCGGGGACGUGAACCAAGUGCCCAAGAUGGCGCUGACCGUCGGCGUGGGCACCGUCAUGGACGCCCGCGAAGUGCUCAUCAUCAUCACGGGGCACUCCAAGGCGUUCGCGCUGUACAAGGUGAUUGAGGAAGGCGUGAACCAUAUGUGGACUGUCUCGGCCAUCCAAACGCACAAAAACUCGGUGAUCGUGUGCGACGACGACGCCACGUUGGAGCUCAAGGUCAAGACCGUCAAGUACUUCAAGGGCCUGCAUGAAACCAACGAGCGCAUGCUCGAGACACGCAAGGGGUCUCGUCAAUAAUUUAGCCUUGAGUAGUACAGUGUUGAUCCGCCGACAUCCAUCGCUGCGGAACAAAUACACUCCACGGGAAACGAAAAUAUAUAAAUAUGUACGGGGAAGUAGUUACCUGAAGGACGUGGAUCGAACCACCAUCAAGUGCACUCAAUCAACGACGAUGCGGAUUGUCAGGGCUACAUGUAACGUAAGUAGAUUACCAUACUGAUAGUUUGCCA